CUCGAGCUUCAAUGGCGGCGGUGCGGCGCGGGCGCUUUCCUCCGAGAACACUUGCCGGCCAAGUUCCUGGAUAACUUCCGCAACAACACCAACAGCACCACCAACCAUGCAACCCCCACUCUUUAUCCUGACUGCCUCAGCAAGAGCAUCUAGCCGUGCUUCGAGAAGGGUUGCUGCUGCUACUAUUACCAGCACAAGGUCCCUCGCAACCACAACGAACAUCACCAUACCUCCGGCUGCGAAAUCCAGCGAUCCCACUCUCACAAAGGACUCGGAUAGCUCGAUCAAGACAAGCACUACAAGCACAAAGAAGAAACAGCACCUCGUCUUCGGAAACCGAGGUCCUUCGCUUCAGGACUUUCUAAAUUCUUCAGCCAUUAAGGCCCACGACCCCACAUCAACGGAUCUCAGUAACGCUAUACCUGUUGAUGUUCCUUACCUCUCUAUCAAAGGGCGCAAGCUGGGAGCAGGAGCAAAAUACUUUGUCGAAGUCUAUGGGUGUCAGAUGAACGUCAAUGACACUGAGAUCCUGAUGUCAAUCAUGGACAGUGCUGGAUAUGUCAAAGCAGAGGAACAGGGCGAGGCAGAUAUCGUCUUCUUGGUCACCUGCGCCAUUCGAGAGAAUGCCGAGGCUCGUAUCUGGAAUCGCCUUUCAGACUUGAAGCGGAAGAGGCUGGGAGUAGCCAAGGAUCGCGCUCCUUUGGUUGGUGUCUUGGGCUGCAUGGCUGAACGACUGAAGGACAAACUACUGGACUCGGACAAGAUGGUUGAUCUAGUAUGUGGCCCAGACGCCUAUCGGUCGAUCCCUCAUCUACUCUCCAUCUCUGAAACAACACGGCAGGGUGUCGCCAACGUCAUGCUAUCUGCGGACGAAACCUAUGCAGAUAUUGUCCCCGUCAGGAUCGCACCCGAGAGUUUCUCGGCCCAUCUCUCGAUCAUGCGUGGGUGCAACAAUAUGUGCUCCUUCUGCGUCGUACCCUUCACUCGAGGCAAUGAACGUAGUCGAGUAGUCGAUUCGAUUCUUCAGGAGGUGCGGCAGCUCAGUGACCAGGGGAUUAAGGAAGUUACACUGCUGGGACAGAACGUCAAUUCUUAUCGCGAUGUCAGUAAGGAUGGCAUCGAGCAGUCUGCAGGAAUCGGAGUAGAGCUUAGCAACCCUGGUUUCAACACCAUCUACAAGAGGAAGGAUGGCGGCAUGCGCUUCACAGAGCUUCUCGAUCGCGUGUCUUUGGUUGAUCCAGAGAUGCGUAUUCGGUUCACUUCACCUCAUCCGAAGGAUUUUCCAACAGCACUCCUGCACCUCAUGGCCUCUAGGCCCAACAUUUGCUCUCAGAUACACAUGCCAGCCCAAUCAGGAUCAACCACUGUGCUUUCAAGGAUGCGUCGUGGCUAUUCACGGGAGGCCUACUUUGAGCUCGUGGACACCAUCCGCUCGAUCGUACCCGGUGUCGCGCUUUCAUCCGACUUUAUCACUGGAUUCUGUGGAGAGACCGAAGCAGACCACGAGGAUACUAUGGAUCUCAUGAAGCGUGUUGAGUAUGAGAUGGCCUACAUGUUCAUGUACUCUCGCCGCGAGGGUACCCACGCAGGACGACGACUGGAGGAUGAUGUCCCAGAAAAUAUCAAGCUGAAGCGACUCCAAGACAUUAUCCAAAUCUUCCACAAGGGCGCCGAGAACCGGUUCCGUGCACGAGUAGGCCAAGCCGGAGGCGAGUGUGUCUUGGUAGAAGGAAGGAGCAAGCGUGACAAGAACCGUUGGGUUGGUCGUGCGGAUGGCGGUUUCAAGAUCGUGUUUGAUGAUGACUUGAUUUUGCCCUCGAUCGAGUCCUCGCUUAAAUCCUCAGCUUUGCAGAAUACAAGCGCAGGGCGGGUGCCGAUCAAGCUGGGCGAUUAUGUUCAAGUGGCGACGACUAGUUCCACGAGCACAUCCUUCCAGGGCAAGGCCCUUGCUCGGACGACAUUGAGCGAGUUCAGUUUGCACCAGUCCAGGCUUCGAGCUGAACAAACCGUGUCAGGAUUCCGUGCCACUUCGACCUCGGUAUCGCCUAUCGUGAAUCGCAUCAGUCUCGCAUCCGCUCAAAUUCAGCCAUGAAAACAGAGCGAUGAUCAACAUUGGUUUUUCGGAAAACACUUUCACUGCAGCUAGAUCGGAUUGCAUUUCUUCAAUGUACAUUAUUUACCAUACCUCCAUAGCUCAAACAAAACAAUCGACAAUAACAAUGGAUGUGUCCUUUGCAGCUUUCUUUUUUUUUUUAUUUUU